UCCCUCGGUUCAAGGUGCCCGUCUUCAUGCAUGCGGGGUUGGUGAUCCCCGAAUCGCGGAGAAUGAUAGCGAACUUUCCGCCAAUCGCGUUUUACUUCCUGGUUGAGGCGGGUAUGGCAGAAGUUUGGAGACGAAUUACAUUUAGCCUAUCUGCAAAGGACAAUUUAUCCUCAAACCUUUCCUUGUAGUGACAGCGACACGUGUCGUAAGACCGACUAAGAUGUGAACGAUUCGUCAUGCCAUCGAUCUGUAAGGGACCAAAUUUACCUGACUUUUGUGAAUCCAUGAAAAAGUGCCGUGAAAACUAGCGGACAAAAACUUCGUGCUUGUGAUUCAGUUUAGAGGAUGAAAACCCAUUGAGUCGUCAGAGGACAGAUAUUUCCUCAAUUUAGUAACAUGGCAACUGCCGUUUACCCCUGUUCCAGUUCGAGAUGUACCAAAUUGUCACUUUUAAUCUUUGUGGGCAUCGUUUCAGUGGUACACGUAUGCAGUGGUAUGCAGAACGAAACCGAGACGACGGAUAUUUGUCCGGAGAAGAGUACGUCUGAUGAGACUGAUGAAGAAAGCUUUAGGGUGGAAUGCUGUGCCAAUGUCACUUGCCCCGUGGGAUUUUACGAGAGCACAGGCAGAGGCUGCAAUGCGACUGGGCAUCUGACAAAUAGCUCUGGCACCGAUGAUGGUUGGACUGGGAUCAUCUGCAACAUAUGUCAUGAGGACUGUGUAUUUUCCAAAGGUUGCAGUGGACCAAAUUGCGAAGAUUGUUUUGCACAUGGGGAAAACAGCACCUGCAGCAAUGCGCUACCCGUUAAUAUAAUUGUUGGAGCGACGGUGGGUGGAGCUGUCUUCAUCGUUCUUGUCAUCGUGGCUGGCAUCUUCUUGUGCAAGAAGUUUCGCUCACGGAACUCCUUGGAUCAGGCUACAGUGGAAGUUUCAGCUCAGGAAGGUGGACAGAUUCUGUAUGAAGAUGGACGGAUUCAGUAUGAAGAAGAUGGACGGAUUCAGUAUGAAGAUGGACGGAUUCAGUAUGAAGAAGAUGACCGUGACAAUAUGCACAACAAUGAUGUUCAACCCAAAGAGUCUCUUAUGAAGCAGAUCUCACAAAAUCAUGACAGAAUCCUCCGUUACACACCUGACCCUACUGAGAAUAUUCCACAGAGACCACAAAAGCCUGAGGACGAUCGGAAAUCAGGGAUGUACGUGAACCAGAGGUCUGUGGAGUUGGUACAAAAAUUGUUCAGUCAGAAGCCGACAAAGCCCAAACAUGUAACAAAAGGAAAAAAGAAGAAAGCCAUUAAGGCGGAUCCCAUCUAUGUGAACGCUAGUGAAGAAACACAAGAAAUUGACAUGUUACCCAUAGCACCGGCUCCUCCCUUGCCCCAGAGUGUGUCCCCUCCUGUAGAGACCAGCCUUUACAAAGGGCCUGCGUAUGUGGCAGGUGACGGUGAUUAUCCGAACUCCCCACAAGGUCAAAGUGCGUCACCUUCACGCUUAUCGGAGUCUGGCCUAAUGAAGGGUCCAGGGUAUCAAGAAGGCGAGGACGCCGAAGGUGUCAGCAUAAAAAUUCCAACACUUCCUGCGGUGAGCCAGCCUAAGGGAUACACGAAAAAGAAGAAGCCAAAGUCCACUGCACCGUCAACUAAAGCGGGUAUUCUGAGAGGGCCAGCCUAUAAGCCUAGCGAAGAAGGAGAAAGCCCAUCUGGGCUCAUGAAAGGCCCACGUUACCAAGCAGGUGAGGAACCUUAUGAAAACCAUUCUGUGACAGGGUCUGCUGAAAAUAGACAGCAGGCGCAGCUCACAGGCCGAAAGGGAACUAAACCGAGGAUGUACAAGGGAAAGGCAGUUGAUGUGACGAGCGCUGAUUCAGAUAGGGAGGAUUACGAAGAAGUGCUACCUCCGGAUGCUGCACCCGUUUAUGAAAACUUCGGUUUCAGCAGUUAAAAACCUUCAGUGGGUAUUUUGUGUGCCGUGCUAAUCAAGACUUCUGUGGUGAGAGUUUGCAACUUUGUAAGAUAGGUUUGUUGUAGCUCUGGACAAAAACAUCGUGGUCAUAGAAAGCAAAGUUGAAAUUUCAGCUGCUUUGUUAAAAGCUCUACCUGAGACUGUGUAGCAUUGGAGUUUUGGAGAGUGAGCUCAAAUCCAGAGCCGUCUUCAUGUACAGCCCAAAUAUCAUGGUGUGACAUAAAGACUCAUUUACCAUCUACUAGCCAGAUGAAUAAGUGAUACUAUGAAAUUCCAUGUGAUAUUUUGUAUGCCGAGGAUUGUUAAUUUUUGUGUUGUUCAGCUAUUACUCUGUGGUAGUUGUGAUGCACGUCACACAGAUGAUCACAGUUUCAAACUUGUGACAUUGUCAUCCUGACUAGACACUUUCCCAGGAAGUCUGUACAGUCGUCUUAGAGAUAACUGGAGAUACAACUUGGAGUUUUACAUAUGUACUUUACAGCAUCUGAUCCAGAUGCCAGAUAUGAACUAACAGCUGUUUUUUUGUGUACAGUAAUGAAAAUUACUCCAGUGUUUGAUGUCCUGCAGAAACCAUGCACCACAAGUCUCAGCUUUUUGCAGGAAAUUUGCAGAACGCAGGGGUCUGGAUAUACCUGGGACAAUGGUGCCGGAGAAUAAGCGGUCGGCUGUGCCUGCACACAGUUUUGCAUUCCUUGAAGGCUGCAUAUCUUACACCAAGGUGUCGUGAAGGGCUGUACAUAACAUGUGGGGCUGCUUAUUAGUAACUUGCCAAAGGCUAGGGUUUUUUUCCCAAGGAGUCUCCAGUUUCCUCCCCCCAUAAAACGGACGACCAUCAUGAAAUGAAAAACUCUUGAACAUAUAUGGCAUUAAAUGACCAUCAAGGAAUUAAUUAAAAUGUCAAAGGUGACUGGUAUGGUGUUAUAUUUGCUAAUUGUCUCCGCAGCGGCAACUGAUGUUUAAUGUUGGUAACUUAAUGUAUACUUAUACAUGCAUAAAUUUUGUAAGAAAUUAAAUGUACAGAGUACAAAGGCAAUGUACUUAUUAAAUAUACUAGUGAUCUAUGCAGGAGCAAGAAUUCCAAUUCCUUAUUGCCUUGUGUACAAAGAAUUGUUGAUUAUUGAAAAUUAUCCAUGUAGCAUAACAGCGAAAAAUCUGGUCAUAUAUUUUUUGUAAAGGUUUUGUAAAUUCUCUUGCAUACUAUUAAAGGAUGUGUUUCUAUAGAAGCAUAGCUCAACCACAUAUACACAUAUACAUGUAUCAGUACACAACUUCUUUCGGACUUUCUCGCUUCCAUACGUGAACAUUUGUAGAUAAGUUAUUUGUAGUCAGUAUUUGAUGAUGCACGGCAGGGUUAUGACAAGGAGGGUAAUUUUCACAAAUUACCACAAUAAUGACUUCAGUAUAUGUCUACAUGUGCAGUUAACAGAUACGACAUAUACCAUAUGCAAAUACUGUGUGUUAGGCAGCUGUAGAAAAAAAGAAAAUUUUGUGAUUCCGUUUGGCUACCUUGGCCUGCUUCUGGGCCCGUGGUGCCAGUAUAAAAGGGUUGACGCUCACCUGGGUGUUUGUACUCGUCUUUCAUCGGUGUGGUCUGCAUAACGCUGGUAACUGUGCAGAGGCAGGUGGUUUACCCUGGGCCAUUGCCCUUUCCUUCUCCCGUAAAACUGACUGCCAUCAUAUAAAUGAUUAAAUUUUGAGCGAGGCUUUAAACAACGACAGAAAUAAAUUUAUGUAUUUAUUUGAUCAGUGUUUUUAUGCCAUGCUCAAACAUAUUUCACGGAUACGUGUACGAUGGCCGCCAGCAUUACGGUGGGAAGAAACCAAAACAAUUUCCUAAAUCACAUUAAGCCGUAUCAGUGCAACCCACACUGCGUUACAUUUACUUGUAUAUUUUUAAAGUUAAAAGUGCUGAUGAAAUUAUUGCUCAAAAUGCCUGCAUGUUGAUCGCCUGCUUUGUGUUUGCUUUAACGAAGAUAGCGUUGAAUCUUCGCUCAACAAAGGCCCUGCCCACAUCUAUGUCCACAAGCUGCAUAUAAUCUGUAUGUUUGUUGAAGGGCGGGGGCUAUGAUAAUUAUGUAUUGACACUGUGUGUUAACUUAAGGUGCAUUGCUGUGUAAAUUAUUUUUUGUGUAGAAUACUUCAAGAUACUCAGUCAUAAUAGAUACACAUUAGAAUAAUAUUCGCAAUGAUAAUGAUAAAUUUAUUUAUAUUAGAUAUACCAUGUUGUUGAAAAGCAGGGCUGCCAUGUAUCAGAUAGGUGCGCUAAACUAAAGACGCAGUUUCUAGCCAAAAUUGAUGAGUUGAUACCUGGCCGAAGCCGUAUAGUUCACGGGUGCGAAUGCUGCGAAUAUUUACAAUCAUUACACUGCAGCAAAAAAAAAAAAAAAAAAAAAAAAAAUUGUGAUCGUUCAUAGUUCUCUACGCAUGAUCCUUCUAAUUAUUGACCAGAAGGUAAUGAAGUUUAGGGUUAGAGCUCUUUUUUUUUUUGGUUGAAGGUAAAAACAGACCUAUACUGUAUCACGUCAAAAAUAUUACGCAGCUUCUGUGGAGACCAAGCUGCCGGUAACCUGCUUCCGCCAUGCUCUGGAGACACAAGUGACACCCCUUUCCAUCUGUAAAUUCUUAACGUUUUCAAACGGUCUGCUACCCUCAGUUUUCUCCAUAGUUCAUCUAGUCUAAAUAACUUCCUUGUGAAUCUGUUUUUAGACGCCAAUGUUGCCGUAAGCGUAAUUUAUAGCUCUUGUCAAACAUCUUUGACCGGUCACAUGGUACAUCGUGACUGUAUUUAUCUUCAGCGAUAAAAGAGUUCUAUCGGGAAGCUCCGCUAUUGUGACUUGAGCAUAAACUUUUCAUGCGUUGGCACACCGUUUCUUAACAGGGCUGAAAUGUCCUGUCAUGCGUUCCAUAUCAAUAGUGCUAUUUCAUAUACAUAUGUGUAAGAUCAUCACUAAAUGACCAAAUCAAAUAAACAGGGUUAUCUGCAAAUAAACCUAUAUUAUAUAUAGGUAAGCUGGUGUCAUUUAGAUGCCUGUUGGCUGUUCAGGAUAGGUAGUUCUGUUCUCAUGUAUUGCUGGCAAACAUAUACCGGACUCUAAGGUAGCUGGUUGAGAGCCCGCAGUGGUCGCCUCUAACUUGUACUCUAAAAAUCUGUGCACCACAUAGAAGGUGUAACUCGCAAAUAAUUAUGAUACUGUUCAAAAGCAUGUAUUCCCUGAACCCCUGCAAGGCUAAUCAACGUUAAUCAGAGCUUACCUCCGCUGAUGUUUUACUCAUUGACCAUUUUACUGUUGUUAACCAAUUCCAUGUGACUCAUCACUAAGUCAUGUGAGAAAAAUGUGGACUAAUAUACUCCCUGAGAUCUGUUGAUAAUUAUAUUGUUUGAAUCAGUCAUGUAAUCGAGUAUACCUGGAAUUGCAUAGACGCAAU